ACCCGCUGCCUGCACAGCCCGGCCGCUGAGCGCCGCCGAGACGCCGCGGAUUCAGCUGCUGCUGCUGCUGCGAAAGAGAGAGGGAGGCGCGCGCCCCGACAGCAGCAUCCUCGCCGCGGGUCGAGGCCGAGCGACGCUGCCUUUCCGCCGACGGGCUUCCCCACCCGCGGCCGCCCCCCUGCAGCCGGGCGCGUCGCAAGCUCGCCGCCGAGGCCGUCGAUCGCCGUCCGCCGCCUGCCUGCGAGGCCCACCCGCUGCAGCAGCAGCAGCAGCGGCGCCUGGUUCUCCCGGCGCCCCGGGGCAUGUCGUGAUGUGAUCGGCGGCGGCGCGUCCCUCGGGGCCCAUCCCGCUCGGGAGCCUCAGCAAGACGGAGAGGGCGGUGGAGCAGCGGGCCAAAGGCCGCGCCCCCAUGAAGGAGAAGGAGGCGGGGGCGGGCGGGGAGCGGGGCAAGCCGGCCACUUACACCGGGGACAAGAAGGCGCGCAUGGCGGCCAAGACCAACAAGAAGUGGGUGCGCCUGGCCACCGUGCUGGCCUACGUCCUCUCCGUCUCGCUGGCCGCCAUCGUGCUGGCCGUCUACUACAGCCUCAUCUGGCAGCCCGUGCGCGGCGGGCCGCACACCCCGCCCCAGCCGCCCGGGACGGCCCCCGGCCCCGACCCCGGCCCGCUCGCGCCCGGCACCGGAGAGAGCACGAGGCCGCUGACCACCGCCGUGCCGCCCACGACGACGCCCGACACCGCGGCGCGCUAGGGACUCGAUCCGGCCCAGGAGGCCGGAGGCACAACCUUUCUCCCCGCCAACCCCAUCCCUCGACCGACCCCACCGUGCUGCACCGACUCCGGCGGAGACAGCGACUGCGGAGUACAAGGGAAGCCAUCCGACCGGGAGCCCCGACGGCCGCUGGAGCAAGCAGGGAGCCUGGACCGCCCCGUCGCCCCGGACUCGAGUGCGCGCUCUCGGCUGUGGACUCGGAAAGGCCGGGAGAUGAAGGACGCUUCUCCUCCUGUCUUGGCCCUUGGCUUCCCCGCCUCGCUCUCUGGGACUCGAGCAGGGAAAACUGUACCGGUUUUUAGUUUUUACAAAUACGCUUUAUUAAUCCCUAAAUAAGUGGGGGGGAACCACGUGGAAUGGAGCUCAGGUAUGUCAGCCUAUCUGAAAUGUACCCCGAGGCAUUUCCUUUGUACCCCUGUGCAUAUACCUCUUUGUAUACAGAGCCCCUUAGUUAAUGCAUAGAGAGGACCUAUAUAAUCUAUAUUCUGUACACACGCGGACAGAGGGAAGGAGCAGGUGCUGAAUGGUGUUUAAAGGGCUAUUGGGGAAAGCUUCCUUUGCAAGUCACAGCUAAUCUGGGGUGGAAAAGGAUGCCCAGUUCCUUAAAGCCCUGGCUAUAGCACUGUUUGACCCUGUGCUUUAUUACUGCUUGCUCAGCACCUCUUUUGUUAAAACAUUCUUUUCCAAAUUGUAAGCAAGGAAGACGCGUUCCGGUUAAUAUUUUGCUGUAAACAUGCCCAAAAGGAAUUCAUUCCUGAGGUUACUGUUGUCAUAUUUCUCCGGCCUCAUGGCGAUGCUGCUUUUGAGAGUUAACCUUUGGUGUAUUUGUUCCUGACCUUUUCCCAGGCCAGUUACAUCAGAUUUGAGUUUCAUUUAACUUUCCUUCUGUUUCAGCUGUCAUUGCUGCCAGUCCUAAAUUCUUUGACAUAAACCCCCACUGAUAUCGCUGCUGGCCUGCAUGCUGACCUUCCCAAUUUGGGUUGACUCUACCCUGCCCACUGCAAAUGGUGAACACCCCUUCCCCUUCCCAGCAGUGAAUAAGAGCAAGUGGAAACAGCUACCCUUUGGUCACUGUUUUUGUCUGGAAAUCCCCAAACCAUCCUUCUGCCACUUCUGUUCUCCUUGGUUGGUUGCAACUGCCUCUGGGGCUUCCAGAAAUAAAACAGUUGCAUUAUAAUGCCAUAGGACCAUUCCUGUAAAUGCAGACUUUACAAUGGUAUGAGCGAUUCCAGUAGUCUGAGCGUUGGAACAGUGAAGCCGCUAACACAACCACCCUCGUAUAGAAAUAUAUACCUGGAAAUGGCCACGGUUAGUUUCCCCAGAACCUGACUUGAAUCUAGUCUCUUCUCUUGAACCUAUGUCAGAGGCCUAAUCUUUUAUAUUUUUAAACUUGUCUUUUAGGGAUUUGAAAUACAUUAGUGUAUGAGCUGACAACAUUCACGAUUUUGCUGAAGAAUCUAAUGAGAGCAGAACAUGGUUUAAAACCCACUGUAGUGCUUAGACAUAGCUGAUAUUCAGGUUUUUUAAAACAUGCAUUUUCCCUCUGUAGCUCAUAGCGUUUAGUUCUAUAGUUGAUCGUUUCCAUCACUUCGUACAGUACUCUUUUCCCACAGGCGCAUUAAUCUUUUUGUCAGGAAAAAGCAUCUGCACAAAGAAUCUUGUAGUCUCUUAAAACUUUAUUGCAUCGGGUAUAAUAAACACUUGAGUUUACAUCAGAAUAUAUUAGUCAGAGGUUCCACAAGCCUCUUGUUGAUUUUUCCCCCCUGGAAAAGAUAAAUAUGGCUUCCUCUCUGGAACAUGUGCAUUACAAUGUGUCACACAUGUGUAUUGUCUGCUGUGGGAUGGCAGUUGCUGUGUAUAUCAGCUACGUGAUCUGUGUUCCUGCAGUGACAAGGGGAUUGAUUUCUCCAUCGGAAAUUGUAACCCCAAGUCCACUGUGCGGCAGGAGAGGGGAGCUUGGAAGCCUGCAAUGCAAAUCCUAUUCAUUCCUGCUCAGAAGUAAGAAGCAAGAAACAAUUAGUCCCCAGGUAACACUGUAUGUGUGAGCAGCCUGAACUGGCCUUGAGCACUGGUAGCAGCAUGCCGGCCCAGGAAACCACUGGACCCCCAGGGUGUUGUGUAGCUGCUCCCUGACUUGCUCAUUGCUUGACUUUCUCGCUUUGAACUAAGCAAGCUUGCAAGCUGCCCCCUUCUGAUCAGCUGGAUCCAGUGGCUGAAGUAGCAAACUAAAAACAAAAAAGAGCAGCGUGUUUUUUAAAAAAGCUGAAGCUGUAAUAGUGAACUGACCUCCGAUGGAUGUGUUGUUUUGGGGAGGCCACAGGCCUUUGAAGGAAAAUACAAGGUUCCCACCACCCCCCUUUAUUGAUUCAAAUAAAUAGCAAAAAUUUGUGCCCUUAGAGGGAUUUCCAGUAUAUUUUUUGAUAUGUUGUACAGUUAAUACUGCUAGUCAGACAUUUUGAACACGCAAGGACAAAUGUGUGAUAUUUCUGAGUGAUUUACUCUGGGGGAAGAAAUGAAAUGAAAUGUUGGCAAAAUUACUUGAUAUUGGGCUGCCAAGCCACUAACCUUCUGUACGGUUGUCACUGAACGUCAGGCUUGAAUAGGUUUAAAUUCGAAGUUGUGAACAUGCUCUAUGUCUAUAUCUAAUUCAGCCAUGUAAGCUAUGUCUGUAUUCAGAAGUUCUGUAUAUUUUUAAAAAAAUAUUUUUAAGGUGAAAAAAAAAUACACUGAGAGAUUUCUGCCUAAACUC